UGGGAGCGAAGUGUGGUAGGCUAGAGUGACGUCCCUUGGAGGAAGUGGUUAUCGUUUGGAAAACGUUCAAAACAGAGGUCUUACGUACAGCACGUGGAAACUCUGCUUACGCUGUCAUGAUCUGAGAAUCUGUGGUGUUGGUGGCGUUUCACAAUGGACCAACAAACGGCUCAGGUGUUGUUCAAAGAGGGGGCUACGUUCAUCUUCCUGGAUGUCCCGGUCAGCACAGAGUUCGGCAUCGACUACGAUUCCUGGCAAGUGGGGCCGAACUUCCGCGGGGUCAAGAUGAUACCCCCAGGAAUCCACUUUGUGUACUUCAGUGCAUGCAACAAGGAGGGGCAGACCGCCCCUAGAAGUGGAUUCUUCCACAACUUUCAGCCAAGGGAGAUUGUAGUCCGGAAAUGGGACAAGGUGACGGAAGACAUGACCAGCGACGGAGUGACUGCAGUGGACAUGGAGAGAUUCUCGACCAACAUGCAGGAACUUGACAGAUUCCUUGGGCCCUACCCAUAUGAAAACUACAAGAAGUGGGUAUCGAUGACAAGCCACAUAUCCAACACUGUGCUGGAGCACGUUCUGCCAGACAACGGCCUUGUACGUUCCGUCACCCAGUUCGAGUCCAAGGCAAGCACGUCUCAGUCCAGGAAGCGAGACCGAGAACAACAGUCGAUGGAAACCGAUUCCGACCCGAGUUCAUCUAGCGAUGCUGUAUCGACGGAAGACAGCGAGACGAAGUUCCUCCCUCACAUGACCGUCAUCCCAGGAACCAGCAUUCGGUACAGCAACAUCACAAAACGUCGGUACCCGUCUGGCGCCACACCCGCCGAGGUCACGCGAUACAGCAUGGAUUCUUCCUUCCUGCUGGAGACCAUUCUCAGUGAGCGGUAUUCUGACACAUCCCUCGGAGUCCUCGGCGAAAUACAGUUUGCAUUCAUCUGUUUUCUGAUUGGUCAGAACUAUGAUUCAUUCGAACAGUGGAAGAAGCUGGUUCAUGUUCUGUGUACGAGCGAAGAGGCUCUGUGCGUCCAUACGGAACUCUUUCUUCAUCUGGUGACCGUUCUUCAUUUUCAGAUUCGGGACAUACCGGAAGAUUUCUUUGUUGAUAUUGUGUCACAGAAUAAUUUCCUGACCACCACGCUGCAAGAGUUCUUCUCAAACUUGCAGUCAAAUCCUGUUGAUGGUAACCUUAAACGCAAGGGGCUGAAAUUUUGUGAUCAUUUAACUGAAAAGUUUCAAUGGGAUUUUAUGGCUGAACCUGAAGACUAUGCACCUGUAGUUGUUGAAACUGAGUAAUAAAAGAAUGCAGGAUUUAGUGUUAA